GAAAUCUACCCCUUCUCCCCUUCGUAGCCGCCCUCCAUGUAGCGCUGAAGAGAUCCGUGCGUCUGACUCAGAAGGGAGUUGCCCCAGCCCAGGAUAUAACGUGCUACCGAAAGCGGCGUAAUCCUUAACAGAAGAUCUCUGUGGUAGGAACAGAUUGCCCGCUGACAAACUGAGACAUUAGACAAUACCAGCAUCAGGCAACAUGGUGUACCACCCAGAGUUCGAGCGGGCCGGAAAGCAGCCGGGCCUGCAGGUGUGGCGGAUCGAGAAGAUGGACCUGGUGGCGGUGCCGGAGAACCUGUACGGGGGGUUCUACACGGGCGACGCCUACAUGGUGCUCAACACCAUCAAGCAGCGCUCGGGCAACCUGCAGUACGACCUGCACUUCUGGCUGGGCGAUUUCUGCACGCAGGACGAGAGUGGAGCAGCGGCCAUCUUCACUGUGCAGAUGGAUGACUACCUGGGUGGCAAACCCAUCCAGUACCGCGAGGUCCAGGGCCACGAGUCCAAAGCCUUCCUGGGCUACUUUAAGUCCGGGAUCAAGUACAUGAAAGGGGGUGUGGCUUCAGGGUUCAAACACGUGGUCACCAAUGAGGUUGUUGUGCAGCGCGUGCUGCAGGUCAAAGGUCGCCGCGCUGUCAGGGCGACAGAGGUGCCAGUCAGCUGGGACAGCUUCAACCAGGGAGACUGCUUCAUCCUGGACCUGGGCAAUGAGAUCUACCAAUGGUGUGGCUCCCAGAGCAACCGAUUCGAGAAACUGAAAGCCACGCAGGUCGCCAAGGGUAUCCGUGACAAUGAGCGCAGUGGGCGGGCACGUGUGUACGUGUGUGAUGAGGGGGUGGAGCGAGAAAAGAUGCUGGAGGUUCUGGGACCAAAGCCAGAUCUGCCUGAAGGCGCCUCUGAUGACAUCAAAGCUGAUGCAUCCAAUAGGAAGAUGGCAAAACUGUACAAGGUGUCCAAUGCCAGUGGUGAGAUGGCCAUAGCCUUAGUGGCGGCAGAGAAUCCCUUCUCCCAGAGCGCACUGGAGUCCAGCGACUGUUUCAUCCUGGACCACGGCUCCGAUGGCAAGAUCUUUGUCUGGAAAGGCAAGGAGGCCAACAUGGAGGAGAGGAAGGCGGCCAUGAAGGCGGCCAAUGAGUUCAUCAAGAAGAUGGGCUACCCCAAGCACACGCAGGUGCAGAUCCUGCCGGAGAUGGGCGAAACGCCCCUCUUCAAGCAGUUCUUCAAGAACUGGCGUGACGUGGACCAGACGGUGGGGCUGGGCGUGGCCUACGUGUCCAACCACAUUGCCAAGAUCGAGAAGGUGCCAUUCGACGCCGCCACCCUGCACGACUCCCCUGCCAUGGCCGCCCAGCACGGGAUGGUGGAUGACGGCAGUGGGGAAAAACAGAUCUGGAGAAUCGAGGGGGCGGACAAGGUACCUGUGGACCCCUCCACCUACGGACAGUUCUAUGGGGGUGACAGUUACAUCAUCCUCUACAACUACCGCCAUGGCGGCCGCCAGGGCCACAUUAUCUAUAUAUGGCAGGGAAUGGACUCCAGCCAGGAUGAAAUCGGAGCAUCUGCCAUUUUGGGCGCCCAGCUGGAUGACGAACUUGCCGGGGGGCCAAUCCAGGUCCCGGGUGGUCCUAUCACUACACAGGUGCGUGUUGUCCAAGGCAAGGAGCCAGCGCACCUCAUGAGCCUCUUCGGGGGCCAGCCCAUGGUGGUGUACAAGGGCGGCACCUCCAGGGAGGGGGGCCAGACCGCACCCGCAGAAAUCCGCCUGUUCCAGGUGCGCUCCAACUCGGCCGGCUGCACUCGAGCUGUGGAGGUUGACGCUGUGGCCUCUAACCUGAACUCCAACGACGCCUUCGUGCUGGUGACCCCCGCGGCCUCCUUCCUGUGGGGGGGGCAGGGUGCCAGCGACACUGAGAAGCAGGGGGCGCAGAUGCUGUGUGGAAUCCUGGGCGUGUCAGCCUCCGAGCUGGCAGAGGGCGGGGAGGCGGAUGAGUUCUGGGAGGCACUUGGAGGAAAGGCAGAGUACCGCACCUCCACCAGGCUGAAGGAUAAGAUGGACACCCACCCACCCCGCCUCUUCGCCUGCUCCAACAAGACCGGACGCUUCAUCAUUGAGGAGGUACCCGGGGAGAUGACACAAGAGGACCUGGCCACCGAUGACGUCAUGAUCUUGGACACCUGGGACCAGGUCUUUGUGUGGAUCGGAAACGAGGCGCAGGAAGAAGAGAAGACAGAGGCCAUGGCUUCAGCCGUCCGUUACAUCGAGACCGAUCCCGCCAACCGGGACCGCAGAACCCCCAUCGUGAAGAUCAAGCAAGGGUUCGAGCCGCCUACCUUCACUGGCUGGUUCUUGGGCUGGGACCACGAUUACUGGACCACCGACCCAUUGGAGCGUGCCAUGGCCGAGCUGGAGCUGUGAACUCUAACCCCUGACCCCUCACCCCCAACCCCAGCUCUAGCCCCCUGCCUUACCACACUGGGCUUCUGUCAUGGGCCCAUAGACUUAAAGGGGACUCCAGUUUCACCCCCACCCCCUCUCCCCCUCUCCCCCUUGCUCCACGCAAAUGUCAAAGGGCUUUGUGUGCUUUUUUUUAAAGCUGUGUGUGUAAAAAAAAAGAAAACACAAAGUGCUAGUAGAUUUGAUUGUUCAACUUCAGUAAGUUGGUAGAAUCGUCCUGGCUUAGUACCAUUCAGAUGGUCUUGUGGUCAAGGUCAGAUGGUGGCAGUGGAAGACAUGGAGGAUUUGGGAACUUCAGCCAGAUGAAUUUCUUCUGCAUGUCUGCUUUAGCUGAACAGGAUAAUUUCCUGCUUUUAUAUGUAGAAGUUGUUUUAGUAGUGGCCAAUAUUAAGGCAAUGAUGAGUACAGCUGAAUGCUCUAAAAAUGGCGUUUUAUUCCUGUAACAAAACAUUUUUAAAUGUCUCAUCGCACCUGGACGUUCCCCAUAUUCUUGCAUUUGUCAGGUCUGUCGCUUUCCACAAAAGGUGCAAGAGGCCACUCCAGAACUGAGAC